ACGGGCUCGGCGGCCGUCUCGGCGCGGAACGUGCUCCCGCUCCGAGCGUUCCACGCGGGCUGCCGUAGCUAUCGCCUGUUAGCUGGCUGGGUGAGAAUCUCGGAUUGCGUUCUUGUGACGAGAAACAGCUAAAUCGCCUAGGAUUAAUCUCCUGGAGAGGAAAACAGAUGCUACCAAGGAGGAUGUCAUUCAGCCCUUUGGCAGUAUACUAUAGUUGUACCACCAAGAUGAUCUGGGACCUGGCAGAGUAACUGCAGAACAGAGAACCGAUUUCAGAGAGCUUAAAUCCAACAACCCUGGAAUCCUAUUAAGGAAAGACUUGAGUGCUUAACUCCUGCUGCAAAGCCACCUCCACUAGUCCACAAUUUCUGCUCUGCAAUUCCAAAAUAAGACAAAAACAGCACUCUGAAACCCAAAAGUAUUUCGCACAUUUGGCAUCAGGAGUUGGGCAACAAAACCUACCAGCAGCAAACAUGAAUCCUCUGUUUUUUCAGCACUCAGAUCCAUCCAUUACACAUGACUGUGACUAUUAUUUGUUGACAUUUUGUGACUUGCGGAUUAAUUGUAUUGGAAAAUGCCCAAAAGAGUUAAUGCUAUACCUAUGGUUAACAAUGAAAGGAAAAAAAGAAAGCACCUGUCUUUGUCAAUAGCCCAGAAAGUGGAGUUAUUGCGGAAGCUUGAUGCUGGUGUGUCUGUGAGACAUCUUACUGAAGAGUAUGGUGUGGGAACCACCACGAUAUAUGACUUAAAGAAACAGAAGAAGUUGCUGAAAUUUUAUAGUGACAGUGAUAACCAAGAGCUAAUGAAAAGUAGAAAAACAUUGCAUAGGGCCAAAAAUGAAGAUCUUGAUCGUGUGUUGAUUGAAUGGAUUCGACAACGAAGAAGGAAAGCAAUGCCACUAACUGGUUUGCUAGUCAUGAAACAAGCCAGAAUAUACCAUGCAGAACUGAACAUUGAAAGUGAAUGUGAAUAUUCAGAAGGCUGGCUGCAGAAAUUUAAAAAGCGUCAUGGUAUCAAAUACCUUAAAAUGUGUGGAGAAAAAGCUGAUCAUGAAACUACUGAAAAUUACAUUGAUGAAUUUGCCAAGAUAAUAUCAGAUGAAAACCUUAGCCCUGAACAAAUUUAUAAUGCCGAUUAAACAGCUCUGUAUUGGUGCUAUGUUCCUAGAAAAACCUUAACAAUGGCUAAUGAAAGGUUACCAGUAGAUCUCAAGGAUGCCAAGCAAAGAUUAACUGUUCUUGGGUGUGCUAAUGCUGCAGGCACACACAAAAUAAAAUUGGCAGUGAUAGGAAAGAGCCUAAAUCCAAAGUGUUUAAAAGAUGUGGGCAAUUUACCUGUACAUUAUUAUGCAAACAAGAAAGCAUCAGUAACAAGAGAAAUCUUUUUUGACUGGCUCAAUAAGCACUUUGUGCCAGCAGCACGAGCUCAUUGCAAGCAAGCUGGACUGGAAGACAAUUGCAAAAUUUUACUGUUUCUGGACAACUGUUCUGCACAUCCACCUCCAGAACUUCUUGUGAAAAGUAACGUUUUCAGCAUUUACCUUCCCCCUAAUGUGACAUCUGUAAUACAGCCGUGUGACCAAGGAAUUUUGCGCUCCAUGAAGAGCAAGUACAAACAGUUUUUUUUGAACAGCAUGCUUGCUUCAGUUAACAGAGGCCUGAAAAUCCAGGAUUUCCUUAAAGAGUUUAGUCUGAAGGAUGCCAUCUAUGCAGUUGCUAAUGCUUGGAAUGAUAUUGAUAAAUCAACCUUAACAAAUGCUUGGCACAGACUUUGGGCUACCAUGAUGUUUGAAAAUGACCUUGCUGAUGAAGAUUUUGAAGGCUAUAAGGACUCUAAUGAGAAGAUGAUGAUAUCAAAACUCAUUACUUAUGCUAAAAGCUUGUCAGCUGAAAGUGUAAAUAAGUUAGAAGAAGCUGACAUUGAAGAAAUACUGAACAUUGACAAUGAUGCACCUGUAGUGCAUCCUUUGAGUGAGGGGGAAAUUGCUAAGAUGGGCCUGUGUGCAGAGCAGCAGGAGGAAGAUAGUAGCAGUAAUGACGAUGACACUGUGAGCACAGAUGAAAAACUCUCUACAGACCAUAUGGUGGAAAUGUGCGACCAGUUGAUUGCUGGCCUUGAACAAUGUGCAUUUGUCAGUAAACAAGAGAUCAUGGUAAUUUACUCAAUUAAAGAGAAAUUGCUUAGACAAAAAUCUGUGCAAAGGACACAAAUGCUGGGAAAAGUUUGAAAGACCUCUCUGUAGUGCCACUUCAUUACUUGAGAAGCUUCUUUCUGGUUCACCUACGUAUGUUUAACUUCAACCUAGUUUUGUAAAUGAUGGUAAUGUUAGUGUAACUGUACUCCCAAGAUCCUCAAGAAACCUGAAUUGAUAAACAUGUAUUGCAUGUAUGUUUUAUGAGUUAAUUUUCAUCAGCAAUUUUUUACAUAAAAAUUUUCUUGAAAAAUUAUAUUAAAGUAGCAGAAGAAAUAAG